AGCCCCCCGACUGGCUUGUGUUCCUUAUUUGGGAGUCACGCCCCCCGCAGUCACGCUGCCGGCCACCAAUGGCCCGGCUCCACUGGCUUGAUUCUGCGGGGGCCCGCUUUCUGGAUCCUGAGGCCUUUGUGGCUGAGCUCACCCGCCAGAGCUUCGCGGUGUGCGCUGUGCCCCUUUGGCGUGCGGCCCCUGUGGUGGCAGAGCUCGACCGGGCGACGCCACGCGGUUCAAGUGGCCACAGCGGAGGCUUCGUGUGGAGCUUCAAACGGCAAGGAGAGCUGAAGGAAAGGACGCAGGUUCGGCGCACGAGCCUGGAAGCUGCCGAUCCAAAUGACUUUAUGCUGUGCUCCUUUGAAGUCAUGGAAAGCCUCGCGGAAGUGGCCAUGGAAGCCUGGUGUGCAUCGCAAGGGCUUCCAGUGGCAACCGCCAAGCAGAAGUUUGGGGAUCUCUCGUUUGGCAACUCCCAGGAGGAGGGGAAGGGGAAGUCCGUCUUGAACCUCUACCACUACUUCAAUCUGGAGACCUGUGAUGAGGAGCCCUGCCGCUCUCACGCAGAUCCUGGGCUUCUCACCGUUCUGUGCCGCUCCACCGAGCCUGGGCUACAGGCCCUGCACCCGCUGAAGCCCGGUGGGGCGCCAGGGCAGCCAGCGGCCUAUGAGGACAGCUGGUGCGACCUGGAGCCGAUGAUGGAUGCUUUGGGCCAAGGAGAGGAGCCCCAUGUGCCCUUCUUGAUUUUGGUGGGUGAAACUCUGGAACGUCUCAGUGGUGGCUGGCAUCCAGCAUGUCUCCAUCGUGUGCAGCCCAGUGUGGUGCCAAACCGGCCGCGCUUCAAUAUGGCAUUUGAGCUCCGACCACGGUGUAACGUUUGGCAUCCCUGGUCCGAGCUGGCCAAGGAGCAAGAUCCCAAUGAAGAGAAACAGCGCAGAGGAAUGGUAGAUGAGAGGUGAAGCUAGCGAAUGUGCCGUUCAGUCUUGUAGAGAUGCUCAUGAUGGUCAAUGUGUUUGUCAGUUUCAGAAGAUGCGGGACUGUCAAAAAAAGCCGCACGGAGGCCCGCAAUGUCUUUGGACCAAGCUAGGGCUGGUCAAAACCGGUGCAUGCACCAUGCAAGUCAUGGUUGCAAUGCGGCCCACGAUGUACAGCCUGCGACAGGUGCGA